GUUAAUAAAUAGACAGUGGCUGACGAACAGUCAAGCAUAACGGACGAGUCUUUUAGAACAAGUGAGGAAUACCAUUCACUAGUAUUUACAUACAUAUGUAUAUAAAAAAAGAGUAGCAAAAUGUCAACAGGCUUUUCAAUUAAUGGUAAAAUUUACAACAUUUCAUUGUCCAGUCUACCAGCAGAUAUAACAUUAAAUACUUUUAUUCGUGAGUAUGUGGGACUUUCAGGUACAAAAUUUAUGUGCCAAGAGGGUGGUUGUGGUGUAUGUGUUUGCGUUGUUACGGGAAAACAUCCAAUUACUGGAAAUGUACGAACAUGGACCGUCAAUUCUUGUUUGACAUUGCUGAAUACGUGCGUAGAUUGGGACAUAACAACCACGGAAGGUAUUGGUAAUAAGAGUGUUGGCUAUCAUCCAAUUCAGAAACGUUUGGCCAAAAUGAAUGGCACUCAAUGUGGAUUUUGUUCGCCUGGAUUCGUAAUGAGUAUGUACGGUUUACUGAAAUCUAAAGGUGGCAAUGUUACUAUGGAAGAGGUGGAGAACUCUUUCGGGGGCAAUAUUUGUCGCUGUACUGGUUACCGACCUAUAUUAGACACCAUGAAGUCUUUUGCUGUCGAUAGUGCAAUCGAAGUUCCUGAAGAGUGUCAGGAUAUUGAAGAUAUCAAUAAUAUAAUAUGUACAAAAACUUCAAAUUUGUGCAAAAGCUCGUGUACUAUCCUCUCAAAACGACCGCCUAUAAAUUAUAAGGACGGUAGUGAUUGGUCUUGGCCCAAGUCAAUUGGUGAAUUAUUCUCAACUAUCGAAAAAUUAAAAAUUAAGAAAUAUUUUUUGGUUGCUGGUAACACUGCUACUGGUGUUUUUCGGCGCGAUCCGUUUAUUAAAACGUUUAUAGAUGUUAAUUGCGUGUCUGAACUGAGACAACACAGUAUUACUCCAAAGGCCCUAACUUUAGGCGCUAACUUAAGUUUAACAGAUACAAUGGCAAUAUUUGAAGAGGCAGCUAAAAUUAAAGGAUUUGAAUACUGUCAACAACUUUGGAAUCAUUUCGAUUUGAUUGCAAAUCUACCAGUCCGAAAUAUGGGUACUUUGGCAGGUAAUCUUAUCAUGAAGCACAACCGUAAUGAUUUUCCCUCCGAUGUGUACAUCGUUUUUGAAGCACUAAACGCUCAAGUGGUACUUCAAGAAAGUCUCGUAAAAGAAAAAGCAGUAACAAUGACAGAGUUCCUGAAAAUUGAUAUGAGUGGUAAAAUUAUUAAAGCAAUUAUUCUCCGACCUUACAUACGUGAGCAAUAUAUUUUUGAUUCUUACAAGAUUAUGAUAAGAGCACAAAAUGCACAUGCCUACGUUAACGCUGCAUUUCUAAUAAGUGUUGAAAGACCAAGCCUUAAAAUACAAAAUGCCCGUAUUUGUUUCGGAGGUAUAAGUCCUGGCUUUAUUCAUGCGAUGGAAAUCGAAGAAUUUAUGAAAGGAAAACAGCUAUACGAUUCACAAGUUAUAGCUAAGAUUUUCUCAAUAGCCAGUAGUACUUUCAUUGCUGAUUCAGCCCCAUCUAAUGGUUCGCCUGAAUAUAGACAGAAACUUGCCGCCGGUCUUCUUUAUAAAACCAUAUUGAAAAAUACUCCAGAAAGCUUAAUUCCACAGCGAUUACUAAGCGGUGCGGAAAUCCUCAAGCGUCCAGUCUCCUCAGGUAAACAAUUGUUUGAAAGUAUACCAGAAGAUUUUCCUGUGCACCAACCCAUUGAAAAAUACGAAGGUUUAAAGCAAACAGCAGGGGAAGCAACUUAUGCAAAUGACAUUCCUGUAGCAGUAAACCAACUGUGGGCUGCUUUUGUUACUGCUAAACUUGUGGGGGCUACGGUAGCAAGUAUUGACACUUCUGCCGCAUUUAAAUUACCAGGUGUCGUUGCAUUCUUAACAUCCAAAGAUAUCCCAGGAAAAAAUACAAUUAGCGGCGAUGAACCCAUGUUUUUCUUGGAAAACGAAGAACUAUUUGUUAGCGGUGCAAUUAAAUUUUACAAUCAGCCUAUCGGGGUAAUAGUAGCGGGGUCAAAUGCUACUGCUAAUAUGGCUGCCGAAUUAGUAAAGAUCACUUAUGACGGCGAAGGAAGUGAAGUUUUUCCUACUUUACAUGAUGUUCUCAAGAGCAGCCGCUCAGAUAGAAUCAAUCAUACGGUUAAGUCACUCAUAGAAAAUCUAAAUAUUGAAGAUAAUUAUGAUGUAUGUGGUUUAGGAAAAUUGGAUUUGGGUCUGCAAUAUCAUUUUUUCUUGGAACCGCAUACCGCUGCAGUUAUACCAUUCGAAGGUGGAUUGGAGGUAUAUGCAACUACUCAGUGGAUGGACCUUUUACAAGGCGUAUUAACAGAAUUACUUGAUAUGAAAAAUAACGAAAUCCAAGUGAAAGUACGUCGUUUGGGUGGCGGAUUUGGUGGUAAAGGAACUCGAAACUCCUUUGCUGCUUGUGCUGCAUCUUUAGCUGCCCUCAAGCUUAAUCGCCCGGUGCGUUUUGUUCAAUCUAUAGAAUCGAUGAUGAAUGUUCUAGGAAAGCGGUGGGCUUUUCAUUGCCAGUACGAAUUUGACGUUAAACAUACAGGAAAAAUAGUUGCUUUGCGUAGUGAGUUUUAUGAGGACGCAGGAUAUCAAUCCAAUGAAUCACCAAUGGGUCACACUGUUUUAGUAUCAAAAAAUUGCUAUGAAUUUACUGACAAUUAUAAAUUGGAUGGCUAUAUGGUUUUAACCGAUUCACCCAGUAACACACCGUGCCGAGGGCCUGGUUCAGUGGAGGGAAUUGCAAUGAUUGAGAACAUUAUCGAACAUAUUUCUUUUGAAACAGGACUAGACCCAAUCGACGUACGAAAAGCAAACUUAAUUCCAGGUCAUAAAAUGGAACAAAUGUUGGUAUACUUUAUACAGUCGACUGAUUACAAAAUGCGAAAGCAGAAAGUUAAAACAUUUAAUGAAAAUAAUCGCUGGUGAAAGAAAGGUUUAGGGAUCGCCAUCAUGGUACUCCAUACAUAUACUUGGAUAUUUUUUAUUGGAUAUUUUGGACAAUUUCCCGCCACCUUGGCUAUUUAUCAUCGUGAUGGCACUGUCAUCAUUUCGCAUGGUGGUAUCGAAAUGGGUCAAGGCAUGAACACAAAAAUAGCACAAUUAGCGUCUCUUGAGUUAGGCAUACCAGUGGAUAUGAUUCGAUUUGAAGGGAGCAAUACUGUCAAUGGUGCCAAUAGCAUGGUGACUGGAGGAUCAAUUGGCAGCGAAACACUCUGCUACGCGGUGCGUAAAUGUUGUAAUAUAAUUAACGAACGUCUGAGAAAUGUCCGGCAAUCACUUAAAAACCCUUCAUGGUUAGAAAUAAUACAAACUGCUUAUAAUCAACACAUUAGUUUAAUUGUAAGCGAAGAUUGUAAGCCUAACGACAUGGAUCCGUAUACUGUUUGUGCUUUAGCCCUUGUUGAAGUGGAAGUCGAUAUACUUACCGGAAAUUAUCAUCUUCCUCGUGUGGAUAUCUUGGAAGAUGCAGGUGAGAGUCUGAAUCCAAAUGUAGAUAUUGGACAAAUUGAAGGAGCAUUUAUAAUGGGUCUCGGCUAUUGGACGUCUGAAGAAAUAGUUGUCGAUGAAAAUACUGGGGAACUGAAGACGAACCGAACAUGGAAUUAUAAACCGCCCGGAGCUAAAGACAUACCGAUAGAUUUUCGCAUUGAGAUGUUAAGCGGCAGUCCAAAUGUAGCUGGGUUUAUGCGAUCUAAAGCAACUGGAGAACCAGCAAUUUGUUUGGGAAUAGCUGUAGGCUUUGCUUUGCAAGAAGCCUUACAGUCUUCACGUUCUGAUGCUGGUUUAGCGAAAAAGUGGAUUCCCUUAACUGCGCCUAUGACACCGGAGCGAGUUUUGCUACAUUCAGGCACCGAUUAUAGCAUGCUGCAUCUGAAUUAUACUUAAUUGUACUAAUUAAAAUGUACUGAAUUGACUAAUUUAGAAACUU